CAAACCCAAUUCCACCCCAUUGCAACCUCCCAACGCACCAAAAAUUUAAAACAAAAAAACAAGAACAAGAACAAAUAUAUCUUAAAGAAUAAAUAACAAAAAAUGAAAAAAGUAAAAGCAAGAACAAGAAAAAUCAAACCAAACCCAGAAAACGCCACCCCCAUAUCAUCUUCCCCAACCCCGAUCCCAACCUACCCCCAUACCCACCACCUAGAUCCACCAGUGCAGGGCAGUGGGUGGAUGUCCCAAACAAAGUACAUCAAGGCCAAGUGGUUGUCUCCCCACACCCGAGCCACGUCUUCAUCGUCCGAUUCGAUGACCGAAGAAAAGACUCAGCCUUUGAUCGAGACCGCCGAGUUUGAGUUGAUUCAGGGCGGGACGAACUCUGCGGGUGAGACUGAGUUGGAAGAGUCGGUAUUUGAGCUGUUGGAGAGUUCGGGUGAGGAAGAGAAUGCGAUAAUGGAGAAGGAAUGGAAACCGCCGGAGUUGAAGCCCAAGAGAUCUCAGACUAGGGUUAAGAUGGUGACUGGUUUGGCUUCUGUUUGUCUCUCUGUUUUCUUUCUUUGACUGUUUAGAUGAACUGAAAGAUAGUAUUAUAUAUGCCUGUAUAUGCAAAUGAAGCAUGGCUGGAAAUUUGCACUCACAAGUGUGAAAACAGGGGUAGUCUUGAGCAGAGAACAGAGAAGCAGGGCGUGAGGCAGGGGAAGAAGAAGGGAACCUGAGAUUUGCAGGGCUGCUGCCUUGCACCA